AUGGAGAAGAAAACUCCAAAUAAAACAACCACAAGGAAAUCAAUAACUCCAAUUAAGAAAACAUUAAAGAUUCCACAGGAGGAAGUAGAAGAUGCCACAUUUGCUAGUUUAUCUACUCCUCAAUCUGCGAGAAUUCUUCGUCUUCAGAAUACACAGUAUCCUAACUUCUCUGGUCUUAAAUCAUAUCCAAAUUUGCGUGUUCUUGAUCUCCGUGGUAAUUCUGUUCAGUUUGAAACAAGAGCAAUUUUAAUAGCAUUUCGUUCUUUUUAUCUUACUGAUAUUAACGGCGAAAAAGUUUCAACAGAAGCUAUGGAGGACAGUUUCCGCUACUCAGGACUUGUUACUUAUGCAUUACGUCAUGGAAUGGAUCCUCAUAUUCCAGAAGAUCCAAAGGAAGCUCUCCAAAUGGCUCUUGAAUACGCUUUCCCAGAUGCAAACUCUCAAGCUUACUCCCUUGAUCCAGAAAAUGAUCAGCUAGUCACUGUAAAUACAGAAGGAGAUAUUUAUUCAUGGUGUAUACUUGAUGAUACAUUCACAUGGAGAAACCUUGACACAAACCAACAAACAAUUACUACAUUCCGUAACUCACCUUUGAAAUGCGUCAUCAAAGGAAUCCAAAAUACAACAGUAAUCAUCCCAGAAUUCGACGAAUCAUACCAUAUUUACGCCGAGUUAUGCGGUGAUGCAGUUGAAAGCGGCAUUAUUUCUGUUAAAGCUCCUCUCAGUUCAGAGAUUACAUGGCGUAAUUUCGAAGAUGACGAAAUCAUUUCAAAGGACUGCCUUGUUUUACCUCUUACAUCCAAAGAUAUUGGAAAUAUCAUUGCAUGUGAUAUCUCUCCAGCUCCAGGACUUCCAACUACAAGAUUGAUUACAACGCCGGUCAGACCAGGCGAAUUCCGCUUCAAGUCUCUCCGUAUGCAAGGCCAGAUGAUUGAAGGUGAUGAUAUUUCCUUUGAUGUUUCGACUCGUGGAUCGAAAGCUACUUUCAAGGGCGUCAGAAUCCUCCGCAGUGCUCAUCACGGUGAAUGGAAGAAUGUUUGCACCCUUGAUGCCGACAAUCUUACUUACAAACUUACUGUAUACGAUAUCGGUUGCGUAAUUCGCGCCGUUUGCCUCACAGAAGGUGGCGGACCACCACUAAUGCUCACAUCCAGUGAAAGAGUACAGCCUUCCGCUCCGAAAUUCUCCGACCAACUUAUUACAGGGGCUGGCACCGUUGGCUCCCCCUUAUUUGCUGUUGCCACGUAUACAGGCGGCAUCCAAGGAAACUGCCGCUACGAGUGGAAUAUUGGCAAGAACGAUGAGCGCAGCCGCCCUGUUGUUGUUCCAACAGCAGAAGAUGUCGGCAAACUCGUUAAAUGCAAGAUGACACCAUUGCGCAGUGAUGGAUCUAUUGGCAAACCAGUCAUUACCGAAUUUCCAGCCAUCAAACAGCAAGGAAAGAAUAAGGUUCUUGCAGAAAAAUUCCUAAAUUACAGGACAACUUCAAAGCAAGGCAAGAUAAUGAUGACAAUCGACGACGAAGAUAGCGGCAAGACCAAUAUCAUCCACGAAGGCGAGACAGUUGUCAUUCCUGAUGAAGUUGAUUGGGCAAUUGUCGCAUCCAACAAGAUUCAUAGCCAGGGACAUGGAAAAUCCUUCACAGCAAAGAAGGAGUUCAUCAAAUGUCUCGUUGUCCUAUUCACAGACAGUUAUUUCGCAUUACUCGGACAAAUUGAAGCAGCAGAUCCAACAGCCACUGAUUUACAGCUUCAUUUCGAGCCCGCCUCAUCAAUGAUCUCCGUUACUUACACCUAUUCCGGAGGUCUCGAGGGCAGAACAGUUGUUCAAUGGAACAAAAUCGACAAAAGUGGCAAAGAAACACCGAUUUCUUUCGGAAAAUCAUACCACGUUGUCUUAGCCGACAAAGGAUUUUCGUUCAGAGCAAUUGUUACUCCUGUUUCUCUCGACGGAAAGAGAGGAACAUCGACACAAUCCGAUACAAUGCAGAUCAAGCCAACAGACAUUCUUGCCGAACAAGAAACUCCACUUAAUUUGGUUUUCCCCCCUGAAAUCUAUGAAAACGAGUCAUUGGUCAUUGCCCAAGAACAAGAGAAAGUUCCUAAAGGAUCAACAAAAGUCAUUGUUUCUCAGCAGUUGACAAAGAGAAUGAGAGUUUUCUGGGAGAAUGCAAACGGCGAAUUGCUUGCAGAAGGCCUCGUCUUCAAUCCAACUGUCAACGACUUGAACCAGAAGAUAACAGUAAGAAUCGUUGACAGAGUAAACUCCCAAGAACUCUUCUCAGUUUACAUGCCAGAAAUAAAGUCACUUCCUCCAACCGUCGAAAACUUGACAAUAAAGAUCGAAGACGGCAGAGUGAAGAACGGAAGACAGACGAAAUAUAUCGGUGUUUACUGGGAGAACUACAAAGGCGGCAUCGAAGGAAAGCACACGAUCAUAUGGAGAGGAAAGAGACCUGACUCAUCAGAGUUCCAAGAGAUUGCAAGGACAAACAGAACAUGGAUUGAAAUUGAUUACAUUCAGUUCUCUAACUGGACAAUUUCAGCAACAUUGAUACCAACAAAUAACCACGGAGAAGAAGGAAAUCCAAUGGAAACAAACGAAAUCAAAGUUCCUGUUGCUCCUUCCGAAAGAGUUGUCGCUAUAAAGAAUGCUGUAAUCAAACCAUCAAAGGAUUACAAAUCAUUCAUUUGCGAAGUCGAAACAGACGGUGCUCCAGGAACAAUUGAAUAUCUUUGGGGAUAUUUGGUCGAUGGAGAAGAACAAUACACUGAUAUCGAUACAAAGGAAAGAGAGAUAACAGAAGAUGAUUUCGAUUAUCCACCAUUCUGCAAGCUCCAAACAAUUGGUACACAAGGGCAGAAAGGUGAGAAAGCAUUGGUUUACUUGUCAAUGGAUACAAGAGAACUUUUCUCACCAAAGAUCGAAACUGUCAAUUUCAUUUCGAACGGACAAAAGCAAUCCAAGGCUUUUUAUGUUGGAGAUGAGUUGACACUUGAUAUUGUCCACAGUGGUCCUCCAGCAACAGAAGUCGAUAUCAAAUGGCAGAGACAAGUUAAUGGAGAAUGGACUGAUAUCGCAGAAGGAAACUCUUACAUCACAAAUGGAAAUGACCAGUACUUAAGAUGCCUUGUCGUAAUGACAGUUAACGCUGAUGUUCUUUUGGAACCAAUAAGUUCCGAACAAUUUACGACACAGACAAUUGUUGUUCAGCCAAAUUCAACUGUCGUUAAAUUGGCGACAGCUUUAAGAAGGGCAAGAGCUAAUUUCGAUUGCAAAUUGUCUGUUGGCGAUGAAGUUAAUAUUUCCAUUGAUAUCACUUCAUUCACAAUGAAGAAUAAGACAUCAACAUUGUUUACAGAUAAAGUUAAUUUCAUCAAUGCAAAGAUUAGCGAUGUAAGAGAAGAUUUGGUCGAAAUAAAGGCCAGACAUGGAUAUAAUACAGAACUAGUUUUCGACCAGAUGAAGAUGAAGGGUGGAACAAAGUUAUCUGCAAGACUUGCAAGAGAGUUAUUUGUUGAAACAUUGAAUAGAUUCAAGAAAUAA